UGUCAUAUGAUAAACCAGGAAAUGCAAACGGGUUUUUCGGGUUUUGUUUCACCGGUAGAAAUAUAUAUAUAGUGCGGAAGUCGGUGCAUAUUGACAUUAGUACUUUAGAUUCACCUUUACUGAUCACAGUGCACAUGCUCACAUCUGUGGAGCUCAGUUGUGAUCGAUCAUGCAAGUGACUCAGAGUCAGAUAUCGCUGUUUCUUUGUCUAAUAUCAUGCGCAUCUUCUCUCGGGACUCGAUAUACGCCCGACUGGGCCAGUUUGGACUCCAGACCUAUUCCUGAAUGGUACGACGAGGUGAAGUUUGGGAUCUUCGUGCAUUGGGGGGUGUUUUCAGUGCCUGCGUUCGGCAGCGAGUGGUUCUGGUGGUACUGGAAAGGAUCACAAAACCCCAGCUAUAUCCAGUUCAUGACCAAAAACUACCCUCCUGGAUUCAGCUACACAGACUUCGCACCUGAAUUCCACGCGCAGUUUUUUGAUCCCGACGAGUGGGCUGAUAUCUUCGAAGCUUCAGGAGCAAAAUAUGUGGUCCUCACAAACAAACACCACGAGGGGUUCACAAACUGGGGGUCCCCAUACUCCUGGAAUUGGAAUGCUGUUGAUAAUGGACCUCACAGGGAUCUGGUUGGAGAUUUGGGCGCUGCGAUAAGAAAGAGGUCUCUGCAUUAUGGACUCUACAACUCGCUGUAUGAAUGGUUCAAUCCCAUCUACCUGAGCGACAAGCAGUCUGGUUUCAAGACCCGGGAUUAUGUUGAAAAAAAAGCCAUGCCAGAGCUCUACGAACUGAUCAACAGGUACAAGCCGGACUUGCUUUGGUCAGAUGGGGACUGGGAAGCACCUGACACUUAUUGGAACUCUACAGGAUUCCUAGCCUGGCUCUACAACGACAGUCCGGUCAAAGAUGUGGUGGUGACCAAUGACAGAUGGGGGUUAGGCUGUUACUGUAAACAUGGAGGUUAUUACAACUGUGCUGAUAAGUUCACUCCUGGAGAACUGCCCAAUCACAAGUGGGAGAAAUGCCAGUCAGUGGACACAAUAUCAUGGGGGUAUCGCCGAAAUAUGAAGCUAAGCGAACUGAUGGAUCUACCAUCCAUUAUAAAGGACAUGGUCUACGUCGUGGCAUUAGGAGGGAAUUACCUGUUAAAUGUGGGGCCAACAUCAGACGGCCUGAUUGCACCUGUCUUUGAGGAACGUCUCAGAGGGAUUGGAGCCUGGCUGAAGGUCAAUGGUGAAGCCAUCUAUGCAACUAAGCCUUGGAGAGUUCAGGCUGAGAAUGCUACUGUUCCCGUCUGGUAUACAUCAAAAAGCAGCACUGUGUAUGCGAUCUUCACCUCCAAUCCCAUGCAGAACUCCUUGAUACUUUCUGCCCCCAAAGCCUCCCACAACACAGUGGUGACUUUGUUGGGGAACCCUGAGCCUUUGAAAUGGGCUUCUCUGCAGACAGGUCUGAUUGUUCUGCUGCCUGAUCUGCCUUUCACACCCACUGAUGCCUGGACCCUCAAGCUGGAUGAGGUGGCCUAAAGCCUUUAAAACCAUUUUGUAGAUUUGAAUAAAUUGUAAUGAUUUUAAGAAAGAUUUGUAUAAAUCAAUUUUUUUUUUAUUGUAUUUGAUUGCACAAUAAAACUGACCAACUGAAUGAAA